UUCUAGAACACAUUAGCAUGGUGUGGGCCAUGCAUGGUUUGGGCAUUUGCCGCUGUCCGCUGUGAAUGCCCUGAACACUUGAUAUGGAUGCGUUAUUAGCCAGACUAGUCUUCGGUGUUUCCAGAUUAAAGUGUUUUUGUGGCAAAACACGCCUACAGCGGUCGCUUCGAACCGCGGCUCGGAGAGUGGUUCCUCUGUUUGACAAGGACAAUGGCUUGAAUGAGGCACCGCCCGCUGAGCUGAAGCAGCUGAAAAUUAAAAAAAACGACGGUGCUUGUCUGGAAAGUCUGGGCAAGAAAUUCCACGUUGAGGAGGAAACCAAGUUUGACAAGCUAGCCUACUCUGUGACACCCCUUUGGCGACAUCCCUACAAGAAACAGUUGAUGUUCAAGUACCAAGAUGUGUGCAAGCAGUUGCAGCGCCUGGGGCAGAAGCUGCGCAAAGUGGAGGUUGCAUUUCCUACGGACCCCAAAGGUCUGCCGUGCCCGGUGCGGCCUGUGCUGCCUUCGCCGGUCAUCGAAGGCUACCGCAACAAGGAUGAGUUCUCCAUCCGCCAGGGGCCCAAUGGUGAGCCCAAGACAGUGGGCUUCCUGGUGGGCAGUCCGGCUGAUCUGGACCGUGUAGUGUGUGUGAGCCCCGAGCACAUCGUAGUGUGCAAGGACAGUCACAAGCAAGUAGCCAAGUCAUUCCAGGAGUAUAUUCAGUGCUCCCCGCUGCCUGGUUGCUACGAAAGCAACUUCCAGGGCUACUGGAAGCAACUGGUCGUGCGUUCCAAUUCUGCUGGGCAGCUGAUGGCCAUUGUCGUCAUGCAUCCACAGCAGCUGUCACCUGAGGAGCUUUCACGUGAGAAGCAAGGCCUGGUGGAGCACUUUGUUCGUGGCCCUGGUCAGGACUGCUGCCUGUCAUCCCUCUACUUCCAGGCCUGCCGCCACAGCCGAUGCACGCAUGCCCAGGCACCCUUUGAGCUGCUUCAUGGUCAGCCUCACUUCGAAGAGAUGCUGGGGGGCGUGCGCUUCCGCAUCUCACCCGAGUCCUUUUUCCAGGUAAAUAGCCCAGUGGCAACAUAUAUGUAUGAUGCUGUGCGACAAUUGCUCCAUCUAAAGCCUCAGGACACCCUGCUCGAUGUUUGCUGUGGAACAGGCACAAUUGGGCUGACGCUGGCACCUCGACUGCACUCUGUGUUCGGCAUGGAUGUCUCGACACAAGCUAUCGAGGAUGCCAAUUACAAUGCUCAGCUCAAUGGCAUUAGUAAUGUGCAGUAUCAGGUAGGCCGUGCCGAGGUGUUGCUGCCCAAGAUACGGCACCAGUUUGUGGCUGAGGAGCUCUGUGCUGUUGUCAACCCAGGUCGGGGUGGGCUGAACACACGUGCCGUCCGAGCCCUACGGGAGUACAAACAAAUCAAGCGUUUGGUCUACAUCUCCUGUAAGCCUGAAGGUGCAGCCAUGGACAAUGUUGUUGAGUUGUGUGACCGCCGGCCCAAGGCUCACAAGGUGGGACCGCCAUUCCGGCUGCAGCUUGCCUGCCCAGUCGACAUGUUCCCACAAACUCGACACUGCGAGUUGUUGUUUCUUUUUGCGAGAUAAAUUAUGUGUGACUGUUGAAUAUGAAA